AUGCUCUUGAGGUGUGAUGGAAAGGAAGAUGAAAUCAAGAUGCAGUCAAUCAAAAGUGUGAUUAAGAGUAGUGUACAGAAGCAAAACCAUCAGCUUAGGAAAAUUUUCGGAUAUGUGGGCCACUUUCGCAGAUCAGACAACACUGUGAAGCAGUGCCGGGCUGACUUUCGCUGCCAAGUGAGAAGAGGCGAAGAACUGUGUGCGUGUGUUUUGGGGCUAGGGUUCGGGUAUAAUCUUAACAAAAUUGGAUUUUUCCCCAAUCUCCUCAUAAACUCUCAUUCGCAGCUUAACAAAAUUGGAUUUUUCCCCAAUCUCCUCAUAAACUCUCAUUCGCAGCUGUGUUCUUCAUUUCGUCGACUCCGAGGCACGGCUUCCACCACGUGCGGCGACGACCAAGGCAACCGAUUAUCUUGCGCAAUUGAAAGAAAGUUCGACCAACUGACCUUGGUUUUCGCCAACAACCACCAAAGCGCGGGUCGUAGCAACGCCAACAGCUGGUUGCGUUUUUGUGUCUCCAUCGGAUGUCCGACGAGGAGCCGUGUAGCAGGCCUCGGUAACUGUCAGGCUUCUUACGAACCGAUUGGCGAGGAGGUGAAAAACCCGUUCACCCCUCCUAUUGCUUCCGUUUCGACCCGUCAUGUGUUGCAAAUGGAUGUAAAAUUUUUGUAA